CUGUCUGACUGCCAGUGAACAUAUCCUUGUGUUCUCCAUUACUUUACUUGUUAGACUGCUAUAGUGUAUAUACAUUUUUCGAUUACAAAGAUGAAAACUACUUUACUUUUCCAAUCCAACUUUAUCUAUAUAGCACAUUUAAAAAACAACGGAGUUGACCAAAGUGCUGUACAUCAAUAAAUAUAUAAAAAAGCAGCAUAAAUACAGUUUAAGAACUGGUUACACACAUUAGUUGUUCAUUAUAAGCUAUUAACUAUGCUCAGAGAGACACAUCAGAUUGCUCAACAACAGCCAUGAUUUCCGCUGUGUUGCUACCUGACCUGUUUUUAAACUACUUUUUCCGCAUGGGAGCAGCCUGAGCAGACAGCAUUGGGAAUCAGCAAAGCGGUCAGGCUGCUUGCCAGUGGUAUUUAGUAAACGAGUACAUCUACUAAAGUAUUGUACUAAAGUAACAUUUUGAGGUACUUUUUUGCUACUCUUUCUACUCCACUACAAUUCAGAGGUCAAUAUUGUACUUUUACAUGUAUGUGGUAUAUUUAGCUACUUUAGCAGAUAUAGAUAAAUGAUAAACAAUAUGUAACACAUGAAAUGCUUUAGAUACACCUGGAUUAAACUCACCAUCUACCCAGUAGUUAAAGUUAGUUCCACCUUUACCAGUGUGUUAAACAAAUACAUCAUUCAUUAUAAUCAAACCUUUCUUCCUAUCUUGAGCCAUAAACAAAAGGGUAGUGGCACACCCUUACUGGCCAAUAUUGCAAAAUACACCUGAAUGGAUUUCAGCAUUUCAACGUAUGCGGAUGUGAAGCUUCUCAGAGCUAAGGAAUACAAUAGCUUCCAGAAGAGGUCCUACAAUCCCGCAGAUCAGCUCAUUUUAGCUGAUGCCAACAGUCCUCUCCAGUAUCCUACACAGGGCGUGGAGGUGCGCCCCCUCAAAACCAUCAUCAUUCCUGGUAAGAGCCGAUCUAGAUUGAAACUGCACAUGAUAUCAAAGUUUGAACAUUAUGUUGUUUCCUUAUUUAUUUUUUUCUUAGGUUUGGGUCUUAAAGAAGAAACAGGAUCAAACCAUAGGGUAUAUUUGACAGCAACCCUGGGAACUUUUGAUGUCGCUGCCACAGUGGACGAGGUCUCCGUUAAAGGAGGGGGAGAAAAGCACAUAAUACUGUCUAGUUCUCAUCUGUCUGCUCUGAACAGGCAGCUGCAGUUCGUCACAUAUACAAACGUUGUUUUCCAUCCCAAGACAGCAGAUACAGUACACUUUGCAACUGAAGGUCACGAGUCGUUUUUCACAAUUAAAGUUGGACAUGGAAUUGUACCUACGCUUUACAACGCUGGACAUCAAAAAGAAUACAAUAUUAGCGCUCUCGUAACCAUCGCCACAAAGACCUUUCUACGCUAUGACAAACUAAAACACCUUAUUGACAGCAUACGCGAAUAUUAUCCAACCGUCACCAUAGUGAUAGCAGAUGAUAAUGAACACCCUCAGCCAGUGACCGGGCCUCACAUUGACCAUUACAUCAUGCCAUAUGGAAAGGGCUGGUUUGCGGGCAGAAACCUUGCAGUGUCGCAAGUGACAACCAAGUAUGUGCUCUGGGUGGAUGACGACUUCUUCUUCACUACAAACACCAAGCUGGAGCAGAUGGUAGACAUCCUAGAAAAGACUACUCUGGAUCUGGUGGGUGGAGCAGUGAGGGAGGUGACAGGCUACACUGCUACAUAUCGUCACACCAUUUCAGUGGAAGAAGGCGGAGAUGAGGGCGACUGUUUACAUAUCAGAAAUGGCUACCACCAUGUCAUAGAAGGAUAUCCCAACUGUGUGGUAGCUGAUGCCGUCAUCAACUUCUUCAUGGGGAGGACUGACAAGGUGAAGCAGGUGGGCUUUAACCCCCGCCUGGCACGGCAAGGUCAUCUGGAGUUUUUCAUCGACGGUCUGGGCACCCUCCACAUUGGCUCGUGUAGUGACAUCAUUGUCAACCACGCAUCAAAGAUCAAACUACCCUGGAGUAAAACAGAAUCACAAAAGACGUAUGAUAAAUUCCGCUAUUCAUCAUUCAGUAAUGUCAAUACAGUUUUUCAGGAAGUCUUCUACUUCAGGAACAGGUUCAAAUGCCAGACCAGUCAAUAAGCCAACACAUUCUAUUUUCGCUGCCCUAAUGUGAGUUGCUUCUUUUUAUUUGCAUAUAUUUUUAUAUUGACACUUUGUUUACUACUCAAACACUUACUGUUAAACAGACUGUGUGGACAUAUUUUGUUUUGUGAACAGAUUACAACUCCUGGUAUAGACAGAGAAGUUCUAGCCGACAUAAACCUCCAUAUAGUGUGAACUUUAGCUAAAUGCACUCAACAUAUCAAGUUUUUUUGCAGUGGUCCUUUUCUGUCAGACACCCACAGCCCUACCUGAACCCAUUACCCUUAACUGUUCAACAGGUUGGAUGUUUUUUCAUUGGUUUGUUAUUAUACUGUAAAUGGAACUGAACUUUGAACUGAAAUUAACCAGUAUGUUCAAGGUUGCUUUGCAUUAAAAUAAUUUGAGGAAGCGUAAGGCAUACUUUCUUAUCUGUAACUGUAUUAUUGGGUCCUGAACACAAACCUGGGAAUGGAAAUCUCAUUUUCUUUAACUGAUCACAAUUGUAUCCAGUUGUCAUACUCCCUAGAGUUAACUCGAUGCUGUUAAUGUAUUCCUUUUUUAGUAGUGUUUCAGUAACAGAUAUUUAUUUGUGCAUUUUGCUCUGUAAGUGGGAAGAAAGACAGGGGUAGAGACAGUAGUUGGCUUGCUUCUCUGAAAGGUAACUUAACGAAAAAUAAUGUUUCUACUGCCCAGUUUAUUAAUUGCAGUUCUACAAAUGUAGUCAAUAUGGGCACUUGCUAAGGAACCUUUAAAGUACAAACUAAACAAACUCCUAAAGUCCUUAUUUCUCGAGCACAAAACAGUACCCUGAGCAGAAAAUCUACUACGCAAUUGAAUAUAAGCCAAACAUGGGCCAAUAUUCUCUCCUCAUUCAAGUCUUCCAGAGAAGUAAGGUUCCAACAUAUAUUUCCCAAAGAUAGAUGUCUCAUAGUGUGAUUCAUCUUUUAAAAAUAUUUUCUGUUAAUUCGGAUAAUGCUUUAGAAAAAGCCUUUGACUGAAAUGCUUCAGCGAUGAAUCUUGAUAUGAUGUAAAGCUCUACGUGCAUUGUUUGCUUUAAUUGUGUAUUUAUUUACUUAAUUUAUUUUGUGUUUGACGCCAACAAAAAUAAAAAAAAUAAAGUUUAA